AUGUGGAGGGAAAGUUGGCAAACACCCCAACAUGGAGAGGAGGAAGAGGUAUCCCACAAAAAUCCCCUAGAUAUAGAUGGAAUGCCUAAGAAAAAGAGCUCUUUAGAUGAGUUUAGCCCAGAGUUUUUUAGGUACCUGAGGUAUUCUAUGGUUGUGUCUGAAAGACACCCUUGUGUUGAAAGAACUCUGGAAUUUGUAUCAAAGUUUGUUGUCUCACUUGGUACUAAAGACAAGAAAGAUGUUCAACUUGAGGAGACAAAUGUUAUUAAAAAUGAUGAUGACACUGAAGAACUGGAAAAUCCAUUUCUCUUAAAAGUUUUUGAGUUUUUGCUUAAGUGUAGUGAAGUUUGUAAUGUUCAUUUCAGAACUAAUUGUUAUAAAAAUGAAAUACAAAAACCAACUUUAGAGUCAGAAUGUCAUUGGGCAGAAUUGUUAACUUGUAGAACAGCUUGUUGA